GCAGCUCUCAUACACAAGAGCGAGCGAUCAGUGCCGGAGGACAAAAGAGAAAAAUGCAGACAAGAUGAGACACGAUCAGCUGUAGACUUCAGAGCAACAUGUUUUCGCAGAUCUUCGCUAUUGAUAUUGUGCUUUUCCUCAAAGUGUUUUUGUACACAAGGUUUUAAGGCGCGAUCAUUAUUGAAGACCCAUUUCCAGCCUUGAGGCAUUUUUACAGAGUUUUCGCUUUUGGACAAACGAGGACGAGUUUCAAAACUUUUAGUUCCAAGUUUUGGAAUUAUCUGACUCAGGAAAAUCAGAAGUCGGUAAAGGAAAGGGUGAUUAGGCGAGGGCACAGGGUGCUGGUGUGAGUUCUAGUGUUAGUUAUUGGGUAUUUUUGGAGGCUCGGGAUGGUCACUUGGUCAGUACUCUGGCUGGCGCUCACUGCCCUGUGUGUGAGCAGCGACAAAGAAGUCCGACCUGAGAUAUGGCUACAGCAGUAUGGAUAUCUUCCUCCUGGUGAUGUGCGUGCUCAGGCUAUCCGCUCCCCCAAGGCCAUCGCCUCUGCUAUCAUCGCCAUGCAGAAGUUCUACGGCCUCACCAUCACCGGAACCAUGGACCCUGAAACAGUCAGUGCAAUGCAGCGACCACGCUGUGGGGUUGCAGAUAAAUUUGGCAGUGAGCAGAAGAGCAACCUGAGGAAAAGACGCUAUGUCAUUCAGGGUCAGAAGUGGGACAAGGCAGAGGUCACGUUCAGCAUCCAGAACUACUCUCCUAAAGUGGGAGAGUAUGAGACUCACGAGGCCAUCCGGAAGGCCUUCAAGGUUUGGGAGUCGGUCACACCACUCAAGUUUCGGGAAAUUCCAUACUACCAGAUAAGAGAAAGGCCCGAAAGGUUCGCAGACAUCAUGCUUUUCUUUGCUGAAGGCUUUCAUGGUGAUAGCACGCCAUUUGAUGGGGAGGGAGGCUUUCUGGCCCACGCAUACUUCCCUGGCCAGGGGAUCGGAGGUGACACACACUUUGACGCAGCAGAGCCUUGGACAACUGGCAAUGUGGACCAAGGAGGAAAUGAUGUUUUCCUGGUCGCAGUGCAUGAGCUGGGGCAUGCACUGGGUUUAGAGCACUCUGGGGAUCCUUCUGCUAUCAUGGCUCCAUUCUACCAGUGGAUGGAGACUGAGAAUUUUGUGCUUCCUGAGGAUGACAGACGUGGAAUACAACAGAUUUACGGUACUCGGUCAGGAGAGGUGCCUCAACCCCCUGCCCCGCGGCCUACUCGCAAACCUGAUCGACCAUCAGUCGGACCUGAUAUCUGCAAAGGCCACUAUGACACCAUUGCCAUCCUGCGGGGAGAGAUGUUUGUCUUUAAAGACAAGUGGUUCUGGCGAAUGCGUGACGGUAAACCUCUUCAGGGUUACCCCAUGCCCACUGGACACUUCUGGAAAGGCCUGCCAUCCUCUAUCAAUGCAGCCUACGAACGUUCAGAUGGGAAAUUCAUCUUCUUUAAAGGUGAUAGGUACUGGGUGUACAACGAGGCCACUAUGGAUCCUGGAUAUCCUAAAACCUUUAAGGAGUUGGGCACAGGCCUUCCUAAAGACAGAAUAGACGCUGCACUCUUCUACACCCCAAAUGGAAACACCUACUUUUUCAGAGGCAGCAAGUAUUACCGCUUCAAUGAGAACACACGCUCUGUGGAUGCAGAUUACCCCAAACCCAUCAAUACGUGGAGUGGAGUGCCUGAUGAUAUCAAAGGAGCCUUUAUAAACGAUGAUAGAGCCUUUACCUACUUCUACAAAGCCAACAAAUAUUGGAAGUUCAACAACAAGCAGAUGAAGGUGGAGUCUGGCUACCCCAAGUCUGUCCUGACCGACUGGAUGGGCUGCGAGCUUGAUGAUUCUACAAAGCCGGACGGAACCGACGAGGAGGUCAUCAUCAUUGAGGUGAACAAUUCAGAUGGUUUCCCUGGAGGCGCGGCAGUCAUAGUGAUCCCUCUCUUCCUGUUGGCCUGUGUGCUCAUGGUUCUGGGAGCGUUGCUGUUCUUCCGGCGCUACGGUACCCCACGACGCCUCCUCUACUGCCACCGCUCUCUACUGGACAAGGUUUAAAGAUGAAGGGAUGGAAACCGAGAAGAAUGGGAUGUAGGGGCAAUAGCAGGGGCUAAAAGAAAGGGUGUGGGGAGGGGGAUGAUGCGAGAAUGGAGAGGCUUUGCUCAGAUGGAGAUGAUAAGGACUUUGAGAUUGUUUACAGAACAGCAAGGACGAAAAGAAGGAGAAGUAGGGAAGAAAGGAUGAAGAAGUAAAGCCACAGAAAAGGGAACAAUGCAUAUUGUUUUGGUAGUUACUUGUACAUCUCUGCCAUAAUGAAUAGACCCAUGCAGGAGAGAGAGAGAGAGAGUUACAGAGAAAAAGAGGGAGCUUAAAAAAUAAAAUUUGUAUUGAAUUUAGUAAAAGAAAGUAAAGCACUUUUUAUCAUAUUGGCCCUCCCUCUUCCUCUCUUAUAGUCUGUCUCUCCCAAAUCCAACGACUCCAGCCACAGUGCUGUAUGAUUAAUGCCUUUGUUUCUGCUUUCAUAAAUUUCCAUCUCACCUCUGAUUUUAGCUCUUAAAUUUAGCCACAAUUUUUUUUUUAUUUCUCCCAAAAACCUUCUAUCCUUAUAAUCCCUGUCAGUGUCUUCAACCUCUCAGGUAGCAUUCAUUACCUGCAUUUGGGAAGAUUACCAAAUUCAUCUGUAUUUCCACAGACAUGCUUGUAUUUGGAUGAAAAAAUAUUAAACUCCCAGUGAAAGAUGUCUUCAUAUCAUAAAGUAUAUCUCAACUGUAGAGACUGCUGUAUUACAGAGGGUUAAGGUAAAAGGUCAAUGUUCAGGGAGGAAGUGUGUCUCUGGCUCCUGAAAGGAGGCCGGUCUUUAUUUUACACCCAGAGAAAGAGCUGUCUUGCAGGUACAUCUCCAGAUAUUAAUGUUAUAAAGUGUUUGUUACCAUGUAUUGUUAUUAAUGUUAUUAAUGAUUGCGCUUGUUAUUAUUAUAACUAUGGUUAUUGUUAUUAUUGUUCUCCGUACUUAGUCCUUUUUUUUUUUUUUUUUUUUAGUCAUUUCAAGUCCUGCUGGACAGAGGCAGAAUGUGACUGUUAUUAAAAUGACUCCCAAUGUAUUUUAAUGUAAAAAAAAAAAAAUAAAUAAAUAGAUAACAUCAGGUUAUUCCACAGGAAAUAAACAUUUUUGUAUGAAAGAUUCGAAAUAAUGUUGAGGAAUUCAAGAAAUUGUUAGGGAGAAGAUCCGAAAACUAUUUACAAACACCAGUCCUGUUGACAGGCCAAAGUUGCUGUGUGUUAUUUUUUGCAAUAAUGUUUGUGACUUUAUAUGAAAAAAAAAACCCUCACUGGAUUUAUUGUAUUUGGAUGGUUCUCUGGAGAAAACCUUGUUCUUUUGGGUGGAGCAAAAGUUUUCAGAGAGGAAUAAACCUGAUUAUGGAAAAAAAAAA